CAAUGGGAGCGAGGGGGCGGGGCCCGGCGCGGCGCUACUGGGGGCGGCGGGGGAAGCUGAGCCCAGCCCCUGUGCCCUGAAACCUUCAGCUCUGUGCGCCUGAGCCGGGCACCGACGGCGGCAGCCUGAAACCCUACAAGUGGCGUGGGAGGAAGCCCAAGUCCUAAAAAUACCCAUCGCUGGGGAGGGAGCUGCGCCUCGGUGGCUCCCGCUGCCUUUUGGGGCUGUGCUGUGGGGCCCCGUGCUCAGCAGCACCCCUCCGCUGGCCCUGCUGUCCUGGGAGAGAUGGGGAAGGGCUACAAGGUGGUGGUGUGCGGCAUGGCGUCGGUGGGAAAAACCGCGAUUUUGGAGCAGCUCCUCUACGGAAAGCACACCGUGGGUUUAGAAGAGGGUGCCACGAUGGAAGACGUGUACCUGGCAUCUGUGGAGACAGACCGGGGCGUGAAGGAACAGUUACGGCUUUAUGACACCAGGGGUCUGCAGGAGGGCGUCGAGCUGCCAAAGCACUACUUCUCCGUCGCUGAUGGCUUCGUUCUCGUGUAUGCCGUGACCAGCCUCGAAGCCUUCCAAAGAGUUGAACUGCUCAAAAAAGAGAUCGAUGUCUUUAGAGAUAAAAAGGAGGUAACAGUUAUCGUCUUGGGAAACAAAACCGACCUGCUGGAGCAAAGGCAAGUGGAAACAGAAGCGGCACAGCAAUGGGCAAGGGCUGAGAAAGUGAGACUGUGGGAAGUGACCGUGACAGAUCGGAAAACGCUGCUUGAGCCCUUCACCUACUUAGCCAGCAAGCUCUCCCAGUCCCAGAACAAAUCAACGUUCCCCUUGCCUGGAAGGAAGAGCAAAGGGAAUAACUGUGAUAACUAAGCUACCUUUAAUGCUGUCUGCUGCUGCCAGGUGACAGCCUAAAUCCUAUCUCUGCCUUUAGCUGCACAUGAUUUCACUUAAAGCAAUAAUCUCAUUCAGCAAUAAAAUCAGCAAGCUUAUGGCUGAGAGGUAUCCUUGAAAAAGUCACUGAUGGCAAAAGCCUUGAAAAGCACUUAGUGCUAAGAGUCACCUUCCAACAAGGGCGAGCAGGGGGGAGCAGGGAGGGCAAGAGAGGCAGGUGGUCACCCCUUCAGCAGGGGCUUUGACUGUCCCUUGAUACGGCCAUGGUGAGGAACACUCCUCCUGCAGAUCCGUAGCCUCUUGUCACAAGUAGUACUAGCUGCAACGAAGCUUUAAAUUUGGAGAGAGGGUAUAUUUGACACGGCAACAGGCCUUUUACCUUGACCUUAAACAGGAAGCACCCUGGCUACAGAGGUUUUUGAUGCUGCAGGAGGCUCAGGUCAGGGUGUUGUUGCAGGAGUGCUAGGGCAACAGGAAGAAAUACCAGCAAAUUUAGCUGCUGAAGCCCUGGCAGUGUCUGAAAAAUAAACAAGAAAGAAAGAAAAAAAAAAGUAAAAAGAAAUCUUGCAGGAGAUCCUAGAACAGAUCAACCCUAACGUGAAGCCUGUCAGUGAAGUCUGGCAAGUAGCUUCAGGAAUUUAUUUGUACAAACCAGAAAAGCUCUCACAGCACUCAUUAAUUUAACUACGACCUGAAGGACAGCAUAGCUGUAACGUGGUUUUGUCCUAGCAUGUCCAGUGCAAAUCAGUCACAUUCACACAGGUGAUAAUUUUACUCAGAAAUUAUAUGGAACAACUCUGUAAGCAGGAGGUACCUCACCGGGCUCUGCGUGGCGGGUUGUGCAAUAUUCCUGCCCAGCCGCAGCAACCCACAAAGCCAGGACAAAGCUACAGGUGAGAGAACAGCUGGUACGAAGCACUGCACUGCUUUGUGAGAAGGGGCUACCUACAAAAGCUUUACGUGCUGCAUUCGGAGCUCUGCGUAGGUAAACUUGUGCUGCAGAGAUCUGCCAUCCUAGCUCAGUCUGUCUGCACACUAUGCAAAAUUGACCGUAAAGGGGCAGAGCGACUGUUCCCAGAAAGGGACCAGCUUUUGGCCUCUAACCACUUUAAUACACUGAGACCAGCUUUUCUUUGUAUUAGAGGGCAAGGGAGUGAACCGAAGUACUCAGUUCCCUAAUUUUCCACAAAAUUAAUGUUGUUUUGAACGAAUAUCGAGAAUUUCAUUGUGAAUCAGCAAAACCACAAGCAACAUUUGCAUUGUCAUAUCAUAGCUGCUAAACAGCAAGUGUGCUUAAUGAUCAAAAUUAGGCCAUGUGCUUACAGCACUGCUCUUCCUGAAUACUAGCAAAUAAACUGCCAGCAUUACUAUGUCAGAGCAACUGUCCAAUCCACUAAAAAUUAAGCAAGUAUUCCUCCAUUUAUAAUGAAGGCAGACGAAACUGUUUAUGUGCUUUGCUCAAUGUAGUUUGGAUUGCUGUGGCCAUCAAGCCAGAUAAGAGAGCAAUUACAAAUGAGCAAGCAGCUGUAAUGCCCUGCUGGAAACAUACAAUUGUUCCCAUUGCAACACAGCAGCUGAGUAAGCACUGUAGCACGACCUCCCCCAACCUGGCUAGUAAUAGUCAUUGUCCCCAGCGAUGCUGCAGAACAACACUCCCUUCUCACUCAUUUCCUACCAAACACACGUGUACUCGAGGCUUCUCCCCACCCAGAGGACUCCUCAACCUGCCUGCGUGCUUGGGAAGUGGGCUGGCUUCAGAGCAGCAGCGGCUCAGCUGUUUGCUGCAACCUUUCACCGAGGAAUUGGCGCCGUUCCUCCCGUUCAGCUCCACAGAACCCUUCUUCGAGAGGGGACCUGAUUCAGCUGCACAGCAAACCAAACACCAGAGACCUCUGCUAGCUGCACGUUGUCACCGGGGCUGGCCGUUGAGCCAAGGGAGUGUUGACAAGCAAAGCCAGUCAGAAUUAACCUACGACGUGUGGGGAUGGAAGGCACGGAGACGACUGACUGGUUCCUGCCCAAUUCUGCACCCCGCAGACUCGCUGCCAGUGCCGCUGCUGAGACCGAUGUCACCGCAGGCUGCUGGGGCCAUGCCACGUGAGAUCAGCUUGCUCUCUCCCCCCCCGGACAACUCAGGACUUGACAACGUUUCAAGAAAGGCAAAAGGAAAAGGGAUCUUCUGAGUGACUAAGACUGUGUUUCCAAACGGGUUAUGUAAAGUCAGACAUGUUAUCUUUGAUUUGGUUAAACUCAUUUCUAGAUUAUUUUGGACAUCCACAUAAACAACCACCACCCAUCGUUUUAUUUCACGGGCUUACUCCGAUGCUUUUUAAGCACUCACUCAAAUUAAUUGCCUGCUCUAAAUACCAUGCCAUACCUGUGAUGGAAAUGGUCGUUUCCCCUCUGCAAACCAUCUGCACGCAGUGGCUGGUACUGAGUCAAAAUGAAACUCAUUGUAGUGCAGUUUUACCUAAUGUCAUUAAGUAAAAUACAACCGUACAGAGUAUGCAGUAGUAGUGCAUGGGCAGCAUGUGUAUUUUGCUCUUUGUUGUUCCACUGACUGAAUGCGUCCUAAGUCACUGGGGUCAUUUACCUGCUGUAAAGCUAGGCUGUCCCUUCACAAGAUGAUAGAGAAAAAUUAUUAUAAAAAGAAAAAUAAAUAAAUCAGUAAACUGAA